UGGGGACGAGCGGUGGGGACCUUGAGGGUGGCCAGGCCAGCUUUGGAUCUUGCAGGGAGCGCGGAACUGAGGGAAGCGACGCCGAGAUAGAGAGCGCACCACGGAGGAAGGGACAAGCUCCGGAAGCCCGGCAGCGCUUUUACGCACAGCUGCCAACUGGCCGCUGCCGCCGGUCACCAGCUCCCGAGGACGCGCGACCGGACACCGAGUCCCGCCGCAGCCGAGAACAGCUCGCCGCUCGCCGCAGCGAGGCCCGGGGCGGCCCUUCAGGGGGACCUUUCCCAGGCCGCCCGGAUGUGCACGAAAAUGGAACAGCCUUUCUAUCACGACGACUCAUACGCAGCGGCGGGAUACGGUCGGACCCCUAGCAGUCUGUCUCUACACGACUACAAACUCCUGAAACCCACCUUGACGCUCAACCUGGCAGAUCCCUACCGGGGUCUCAAGGGCCCUGGAGCGCGCGGUCCAGGCCCAGAGGGCAGUGGGGCAAGCAGCUACUUUUCGGGUCAGGGAUCAGACACAGGCGCAUCUCUGAAGCUAGCCUCCACGGAACUGGAGCGCUUGAUCGUCCCCAACAGCAACGGCGUGAUCACGACGACGCCCACGCCUCCGGGACAGUACUUUUACCCCCGUGGGGGUGGCAGCGGUGGAGGUACAGGGGGCGGCGUCACCGAGGAGCAGGAGGGCUUUGCGGACGGCUUUGUCAAAGCCCUGGACGAUCUGCACAAGAUGAACCACGUGACGCCCCCCAAUGUGUCCCUGGGCGCCAGCGGAGGACCCCAGGCCGGACCAGGGGGCGUCUAUGCUGGACCGGAGCCGCCUCCCGUCUACACCAACCUCAGCAGUUACUCCCCAGCCUCUGCACCCUCUGGAGGCUCCGGGACUGCCGUCGGGAGUGGGAGCUCGUACCCGACGGCCACCAUCAGCUACCUCCCACAUGCACCACCCUUUGCGGGCGGCCACCCGACGCAGCUGAGCUUGAGUCGCGGCGCUUCCGCCUUUAAAGAGGAACCCCAGACCGUACCGGAGGCACGCAGCCGCGACGCCACGCCGCCCGUGUCCCCCAUCAACAUGGAAGACCAGGAGCGCAUCAAAGUGGAGCGAAAGCGGCUGCGGAACAGGCUGGCGGCCACCAAAUGCCGGAAGCGGAAGCUGGAGCGAAUCGCGCGCCUGGAGGACAAGGUGAAGACACUCAAGGCUGAGAACGCGGGGCUGUCGAGUACUGCCGGCCUCCUACGGGAGCAAGUGGCCCAGCUCAAGCAGAAGGUCAUGACCCACGUCAGCAACGGCUGCCAGCUGCUGCUAGGGGUCAAGGGACACGCCUUCUGAGCACCUCCCCCGCUCCAUACGGACACCCCCAGCCUGGAAGGCUGGGCGCCCGCCCCCCACCGGGGUGAGGGGGGCAAGCGAUGGGCUCAUACCCAGAGGCCUGGGGCGCCGCACACACACUGGACUCCGGACCGCCCGCCUGCGCCCAGUCCUUUCACCUCGACGUUUACAUGGCCCCCUUCCAGCGUAUUUUGUAUGUUUUUUUUUUUCCUGGAAAGAGACUGAAUUCAUAUUGAAUAUAAUAUAUUUGUGUAUUUAACAGAGAGAGGAGAAGGGAGGCAAUCGCGGCGGAGCUGGCCCCGCCGCCUGGUACUCAGCCUGCCGGGAUACUAUUGGGAGGGACCUCCGCCCCCUGCCCUCCCCCUCUGCACAGUACUGUGGAGAAGAAACACGCACUUCGUGUCUAGAGUCUAUUUUAAGAUGUGUUUGUGUGUGUGUGUGUGUUUGACUUUUUAUUGAAUCUAUUUAAGUAAAAAAAAUUGUCUUUAUUAAUUUCUGUGGUCUUUUUUUUUUCUUCCAAGCCGGGCGGGUGGUGGGAGAAGAGUGGGGCUGCCCCAAGCUCCUUGCUUUUUGAGGCUCGCUCCUUUCAGGUAUCUUAAGGUCCAGUACAAGCGUCCAGACCGCCCAUCCCCUGAAUCCAGGCAUCAGACGCUGCGCAGGCGGGGAACAAAAUGCCCACGACAAAACGCGGAAUGUGCAAGCCCCGCCCCGCCCAGUCCUUCGCGCCGGGGCUUUCCCCGCUGACGCGGCGGAAGCACUGCCCAUAUAUGGGCCUAUUCUGCUCAGUGACGCCAGCGCGGUCUCCGGGCAGAUUCCGGGAAUCCCCUCCCCCCGCUCUGCCGGGCAGGGCCGCGGCGCCGGGAAGGGGGCCGGGAUUUUCCCGGGCAGCCGGUUCUCUGGGCGCGGAAAGCCCCAGGCCCCGGUCCAG